GUUGUCUAUCUGCUGUCUCCUCACACAUCAGGACACUUCUUUUUGUGCGCCAUCAGGACAAUCGCAAGAAGCUGCUGUACGUGUGCGUGUUCAGGAGAGAUCAAACGGCAUCCGGUGUUACAUUUCGAGACACCGGCACCAACAAAUCUCAUCUUGAUUGAGUCUUGGUAUCUUCGAAGAGGACCACACUAGGCUUUCACCCUUCACCUUCCCUCCCUUCUGCACCGACAACAUGGCGGAGUUCCAGACACCUCGCGUGAAUGGGGCAGUGCUGAGCCAGUUCCUGGGCAACACGGUGUGCGUGGUGGGGAAGGUCUUGUCCUACCAAGAGGGAGAUUCAGAGGCACAACUCGAGACAUCGGAUGGGGCGAAGAUUACCGUGCAAAUGACGGCAGGGAGUACAUGGACCAGUCAGUACGUGGAAGUGAUCGGACACCUUCACGAGACAGACAGGUUGCAAGAGUUCAAGUCCACGGAUUUUGGGGACAUGUUCGACUUGAGGAAGUACAACGAGGUGGUCUCGCUGAUGACAGGGAAAUUCAGCUAUUUGUUUUACAACCCACAAGAGUAGCCCGUGCUCGUGUGGACGGGAUGGGUUAGUCCUUCCAUAUUUUUGUCGUAUGCAUUCCGCAUUGCGUUUUCGGCCGCAUGUUUCAUAGUGCGUGUGGUUGGGAUAGACAAGGGGUACCGGAGCGGCGUCAUGUCGAGAGUCGUGUUUUGGGAGUCGUUGUCGAAACCAACCAGGCUGUUCCGGGACAUUUCCGCACGUACUUAAAAUGUUUUUGCUGCUCUUAGUGGUGUCGUGGGAUAUUUUGGUACAUAAAAUUUGUUUGUUCCUGCCGUUACGCACCAAUGGGCGAGAGCUGUCUCGGCGCGCUGGUCCGGAGAACCCUCUUUAGAACGUUGCUCUUCUUUUGUCAUCCAAAGACUGUUGAUGUGAUGAACUGGUAGUUGGCGUUUCCAUAGGCCGUUGCUUUGCAUUUAUCGACUCUGCUCGAGACUGAGCGAGUUCCUGGUUAUUACAGGUGGUCGAGGUUUGGCUAUCGGGCGCAUCUUAUUAGAGAAAACAGUAGUGCAGUUUGUUGUACUUGCCUUCAGGUGUGGGGUUGAAAUUUAUCAAGCUGUCGGCGCAGCGAUUAGCACUUGACACAAUACACCUGCUGUUGGUUACACGUAUGCUACCUAGGUACCUCCGCUCUCGGAAGCCCCACUUUGGCAUGUGGCAUCGGUACAUCGGUACCAAGAGCAGUCCAGUCAACGGCAGUGGGAGGCAGCAGUUACCCGCUCACUAAAGUUGGAAGUACCGAUCUUUUCCGCACCGUGCCAUCUUAUGAUCUUGAGAAGAUUCAAUAGAACCAAGAGAUAACCCUGAU